CAAGCUAGUUUGUUACAUUAGUUUUCAUUGUAGAGUUUUGCUUAUUGUUGAAAAGAAUCUUGCUUAAAUAAGCUGGUUCUCUGAAAAACUGUUGUUUCUUCUAAUCAUACGCGUUGAUUUCAAAUCUUGAAUCCAUUAAGCUAUAAUUUUGAUUCGCGAUGGUUGAUCCUAAUAAAUCUUCUGAUCCAGUACCGGAAGUUUCUGAGUCUGGUGAUAAAUUGACGAUCAUGAAUAGAUCCAAGAUUUACCAUGUCUCCAAAAAGUUCAUUUGUUCAUCGAUACCAUACUUUGAAAAAAUGUUUUGCUGUGACUUAUUGGAAGGAAAAGAAAACACAGUUCAAUUGGAUCUUGAUGAACACAGUUUCGAUUGUGUACUCAAUUGGAUUCAUUCUGAUUCGGUUCAAAUUGAAAUUGAAAAUGUUAUCGCCUUGUUUGAUGUAGCCGAUUAUUUGAUGUUGAAUGAUCUAUCAAAGGAUUGUUACUCUUAUUUUCAUGCCAAUUUCACCAUUGAACAUCUCCCCAUUGUCAUUCCUCAAGUGACAAAAACAUCUAAACUGAUCAACUCUGGUUCUUUAAACACAUUCAUUUGUCGCCAUUUCUUGAAGAUUGUUAAGACUUCUAUUUUUCUGAAGUAUCCUGUUGAAACGGUAGAGUAUAUCUGCAAAUUAGACUUGAUGAUUUCUUCUGAAUACCAAGUUCUUGAGGCAAUUAAUGAUUGGAUUAAAUUUAAAGCUGAUGACAGAAAAGAUUGUCUUCUUCGAUUAUUAAAAUGUAUUCGUUGGUGUUAUGCUGGAACCGAUAUUUCAUUAAAAAUUAUGGUAAUUCCAUACAUCGCAACAAUUCAAGAUAUUAAUGAAAUUUUGUGUUCUCCUGGUAAUUGUAAACUUGGGUGCGCUUCCAAUCGCACGAAUCAAUGUUUGUUGGUGUCCAUUCAGGAAACUGAGGAUUUGAUUCUGAGUAUAAGAGUUCUGCAGUCACAUUCUUGGUUACCUGUUGGUAAUUUCAAUUUUGAUGAUUCUAUGUCGCUAGAAUUUGUUCAUGGAGAAAACGUCUCAGAUAUUUUAUACGAUUGUGGAACCAAAGGAGUGCGAAUUGAUUGGGAAGCUAAGAAAUUCUGUUGGCUCAAUUUUUACAGUGACGAUUCUUAUUAUCUUCAAAUUAACAAACUGAUUGUUUGUAACCAGAUUGCAUCAAGUACCAUUUUAUACUUGAAAGAUAAUUUUGGUGGAUGUGUUGAUGAUCCAUUCAUUGAACUUUUCCAUCUGCGCCUCUUUCCUACUUCUAGGCGAAGACAUAUUGAAGAUGGUGCGUGGGCGCAUGAAUGGGCUGAAGACUUUGACUUCUGUGUUAAAUCUCCGAAAUGCCACGGUGCAGUUAAGAUUUCUGUAGAAAAUGAUGAAAGAUUGCUUCUCGAAUCUGAUGGUAAAUUCAUUGUGGUUGGCAAAUCUAAAGAUAAACACUUUUACGCUCUUUUUCAAGUUCGUCAUCUUGAAUGGUACAAGAUGAAAUAUUAUGUGGAUUAUGAUGAAAGAACAUUUAUCGCUACUGUUUUAGGGUCCAAUAUUUUCAUUUUGACACAGAAACUGAGGUUUAUUCAGUUUAAUUAUGAAACCAAUGUAUACAAAAAGACGGCUCCGUUCAGAGACAGCGAACUGGAAUUCGUGGAUUUAAUCAUCACUUCUCAACAAGACAACAAUAAAAUACUUUUAGUCCAUAAAUCCUCUGGAAAAAUUCACUAUUUCAACAUUGACAGUCAAACUUGGACUGAAACGAGCAUCAAAUAUCGCAAGCCGGAUCAAAUUGAUUCAAAUGAUUGUAUUAUGACUUCGACCACUGUCUUUUUACCAUUAGAUAAAAUCAAUCAUUGUUUCAAACCAAAAUUCAGUUCAUUGAACCUAUAACUGCAAUUAUAUGAUAAUCAGAUGUGUCAUUAAUAAUUUUUAUUUGUAU